GCGGCCGCCCCGGCUCCUCGCCUCCCCCUCUUCGGGCCGCCCCUCGCCGGUGAGAGAAGCGAACGCGAGCAGGGAAGAUGGGGGCCGUCCUGAGGAGCCUCCUGGCCUGCAGUUUCUGCGUGCUCCUGAGAGCGGCCCCUUUGUUGCUUUAUGCAAACAGACGGGACUUGCGAUUGGUUGAUGCUGCAAAUGGCAAAGAGAAUGCUACGAUUGUAGUUGGAGGCUUGGAGGAUGCAGCUGCGUUGGACUUUGUGUUUAGUCAUGGCUUGAUAUACUGGAGUGAUGUCAGCGAAGAAGCCAUUAAACGAAUAGAGUUCAACAAAACUGAGAGUGUACAGAAUGUUGUUGUUUCUGGAUUAUUGUCCCCUGAUGGGCUGGCAUGUGAUUGGCUUGGAGAAAAAUUGUACUGGACAGAUUCUGAAACUAAUCGUAUUGAAGUUUCUAAUUUAGAUGGAUCUUUACGAAAAGUAUUAUUUUGGCAAGAGUUGGAUCAACCUAGAGCAAUUGCCUUAGAUCCUUCAAGUGGGUUCAUGUACUGGACAGACUGGGGAGAAGUACCAAAGAUAGAACGUGCUGGAAUGGAUGGUUCAGAUCGCUUCGUCAUAAUAAACACUGAAAUUUACUGGCCAAAUGGACUGACUUUGGAUUAUGAGGAACGGAAGCUUUAUUGGGCAGAUGCAAAGCUUAAUUUCAUUCACCGAUCAAAUCUGGAUGGAACGAAUCGGCAGGCGGUGGUUAAAGGUUCCCUUCCACAUCCUUUUGCCCUGACGUUAUUUGAGGACACAUUGUACUGGACUGACUGGAAUACACAUUCCAUUUUGGCUUGCAACAAGUACACUGGCGAGGGUCUGCGUGAAAUCCAUUCUAACAUCUUCUCUCCCAUGGAUAUACAUGUCUUCAGCCAACAGAGGCAGCCAAAUGCUACAAAUCCAUGUGGAAUUGAUAAUGGUGGUUGUUCCCAUUUAUGUUUGAUGUCUCCAGUCAAGCCUUUUUAUCAGUGUGCUUGCCCAACUGGGGUCACACUCCUGGAGAAUGGAAAAACCUGCAAAGAUGGUGCCACUGAAUUACUGCUUCUAGCCAGAAGGACAGACUUGAGACGCAUUUCUUUGGAUACACCAGAUUUCACUGACAUUGUUCUACAGUUAGAAGACAUCCGCCAUGCCAUUGCCAUAGAUUAUGAUCCCGUGGAAGGCUAUAUCUACUGGACUGAUGAUGAAGUGAAGGCCAUACGCCGCUCCUUCAUAGAUGGAUCUGGCAGUCAGUUUGUGGUCACUGCCCAAAUUGCCCAUCCUGAUGGUAUUGCUGUUGAUUGGGUUGCCCGAAAUCUUUAUUGGACAGACACUGGCACUGAUCGGAUAGAAGUGACAAGGCUCAAUGGGACCAUGAGGAAGAUCUUGAUUUCAGAGGACUUAGAAGAACCCCGGGCUAUUGUGCUAGAUCCCAUGGUUGGGUACAUGUAUUGGACUGACUGGGGAGAAAUCCCGAAAAUUGAGCGAGCAGCUUUGGAUGGUUCUGAUCGAGUAGUGUUGGUUAACACUUCUCUUGGUUGGCCAAAUGGUUUAGCCUUGGAUUAUGACGAAGGCAAAAUAUACUGGGGAGAUGCCAAAACAGACAAAAUUGAGGUUAUGAAUACCGAUGGGACUGGGAGACGAGUGCUCGUGGAAGACAAAAUCCCCCACAUAUUUGGGUUUACCUUGUUGGGGGACUAUGUCUACUGGACUGACUGGCAGAGGCGGAGCAUCGAAAGAGUACACAAACGAAGUGCAGAGCGGGAGGUCAUCAUAGAUCAGCUCCCUGACCUCAUGGGCCUGAAGGCCACAAAUGUUCAUCGAGUCAUUGGUUCCAACCCCUGUGCUGAGGAUAAUGGGGGAUGUAGCCAUCUCUGCCUCUAUAGACCCCAGGGCCUUCGCUGUGCCUGCCCCAUUGGCUUUGAACUCAUCAGUGACAUGAAGACCUGCAUUGUCCCAGAGGCUUUCCUUCUGUUUUCACGAAGAGCUGACAUCAGGAGAAUUUCUUUGGAAACUAAUAAUAAUAAUGUGGCCAUUCCACUCACUGGUGUCAAAGAAGCUUCUGCUUUGGAUUUUGACGUGACAGACAACCGGAUUUACUGGACUGACAUAUCACUCAAGACUAUCAGCAGAGCCUUUAUGAAUGGCAGUGCCCUGGAACACGUGGUAGAAUUUGGCUUAGAUUAUCCAGAAGGCAUGGCCGUAGACUGGCUUGGGAAGAACUUGUACUGGGCAGACACGGGAACCAACCGAAUCGAGGUGUCAAAGUUGGAUGGGCAGCACCGACAAGUUUUGGUGUGGAAAGACCUAGAUAGUCCUAGAGCUCUUGCGUUGGACCCCGCUGAAGGAUUUAUGUAUUGGACUGAAUGGGGUGGAAAACCUAAAAUAGACAGAGCUGCCAUGGAUGGAAGUGAACGUACUACGCUAGUUCCCAAUGUGGGACGAGCAAACGGCUUAACCAUUGAUUAUGCUAAAAGGAGGCUUUAUUGGACAGACCUGGACACCAACUUAAUAGAGUCUUCAAAUAUGCUUGGACUCAACCGUGAAGUUAUAGCAGAUGACUUGCCUCAUCCUUUUGGCUUAACUCAGUACCAAGAUUACAUCUACUGGACGGACUGGAGCCGACGCAGCAUUGAGCGUGCCAACAAAACUAGUGGCCAAAACCGCACCAUCAUUCAAGGCCACUUGGAUUAUGUGAUGGACAUCCUCGUGUUUCACUCCUCACGGCAGGCAGGAUGGAACGAGUGUGCUUCCAGCAACGGGCACUGCUCCCACCUCUGCUUGGCUGUGCCAGUUGGAGGUUUCGUUUGUGGAUGCCCUGCCCACUACUCUCUGAAUGCUGACAACAGGACUUGCAGUGCUCCAACUACUUUCCUGCUCUUCAGUCAGAAGAGCGCCAUCAACCGCAUGGUGAUUGAUGAACAGCAGAGCCCUGACAUCAUCCUUCCUAUCCACAGCCUUCGGAAUGUCCGGGCCAUUGACUAUGACCCCCUGGACAAGCAACUCUAUUGGAUUGACUCAAGACAAAACAUGAUCCGAAAAGCACAAGAAGAUGGCAGCCAGGGCUUUACUGUGGUUGUGAGCUCAGUUCCGAAUCAGAACCUAGAAAUCCAGCCCUAUGACCUCAGCAUUGAUAUUUAUAGCCGCUACAUCUAUUGGACUUGCGAGGCCACCAAUGUCAUUAAUGUAACGAGAUUAGAUGGGAGAUCAAUUGGAGUGGUGCUAAAGGGCGAGCAAGACAGACCUCGAGCCAUUGUGGUAAACCCAGAAAAAGGGUAUAUGUAUUUUACCAAUCUUCAGGAAAGGUCUCCCAAAAUUGAACGAGCUGCUUUAGAUGGAACAGAACGGGAGGUCCUCUUUUUCAGUGGUUUAAGUAAACCAAUUGCUUUAGCUCUUGAUAGCAGAUUGGGCAAACUCUUUUGGGCUGAUUCAGAUCUCCGGCGAAUUGAAAGCAGUGAUCUUUCAGGGGCCAACCGAAUAGUAUUAGAAGACACCAACAUUCUACAGCCUGUGGGACUGACUGUGUUUGAAAACUGGCUGUACUGGAUCGAUAAGCAGCAGCAAAUGAUUGAAAAAAUUGACAUGACAGGUCGAGAGGGUAGAACCAAAGUCCAGGCUCGAAUUGCCCAGCUUAGUGACAUUCACGCGGUAAAGGAGCUGAAUCUUCAGGAAUAUAGACAGCACCCUUGUGCUCAGGAUAAUGGUGGCUGUUCACAUAUCUGUCUUGUAAAGGGAGAUGGUACUACAAGGUGUUCUUGCCCCAUGCACUUGGUUCUUCUUCAAGAUGAGCUAUUAUGUGGAGAACCCCCAACAUGUUCUCCUCAGCAGUUUACUUGUUUCACGGGAGAAAUUGACUGUAUCCCUGUGGCUUGGCGGUGUGAUGGGUUUACUGAAUGUGAAGACCACAGUGAUGAACUCAAUUGUCCUGUGUGCUCAGAGUCCCAGUUCCAGUGCGCCAGCGGACAGUGUAUCGAUGGUGCCCUGCGGUGCAACGGAGAUGCGAACUGCCAGGAUAAGUCAGAUGAGAAGAACUGUGAAGUACUCUGUUUAAUUGAUCAGUUCCGCUGUGCCAAUGGUCAAUGCAUUGGAAAACACAAAAAAUGUGAUCAUAAUUUGGAUUGCAGUGACAAAUCAGAUGAACUGGAUUGUUAUCCAACUGAGGAGCCAGCACCACAGGCCACCAAUACAGUGGGUUCUGUUAUUGGAGUAAUUGUUACCAUCUUUGUGUCUGGAACCAUAUACUUCAUCUGCCAGAGGAUGUUGUGUCCACGGAUGAAGGGCGAUGGGGAAACCAUGACUAACGACUAUGUGGUUCAUGGACCAGCUUCCGUGCCCCUUGGUUACGUGCCACACCCCAGUUCUUUGUCGGGAUCUCUUCCAGGAAUGUCUCGUGGUAAAUCAAUGAUCAGUUCCCUCAGUAUCAUGGGGGGGAGCAGUGGACCCCCUUAUGACCGAGCCCACGUCACAGGAGCGUCGUCAAGUAGUUCAUCAAGCACCAAAGGCACUUACUUCCCUGCAAUUUUGAACCCUCCGCCAUCCCCAGCCACAGAGCGAUCACAUUACACCAUGGAAUUCGGUUAUUCUUCAAACAGCCCUUCCACUCACAGGUCCUACAGCUACAGGCCGUACAGCUACCGGCACUUUGCGCCCCCCACCACGCCCUGCAGCACAGACGUGUGUGACAGUGACUAUGCUCCUAGCCGAAGGAUGACCUCAGUGGUGACAGCCAAGGGCUACACUAGUGACUUGAACUAUGACUCAGAGCCUGUGCCCCCACCUCCCACGCCCCGAAGCCAGUACUUGUCAGCAGAAGAGAACUAUGAAAGCUGCCCGCCUUCUCCUUACACGGAGAGGAGCUACUCUCAUCACCUCUACCCACCGCCACCCUCUCCCUGUACAGACUCCUCCUGAGGAGGGGCCCUCCUCCUCUGACUGCCUCCAACACAAAAGUGUAAAUACGAAUUUGGUUGAGAUCUGGAGGGGGGGGAGGGAGCUAUUAUUGAAGGAUGAGGCAGACCGUGUACAGUUAAAAUUAUAAAUGGGGUAGGGAAAACUGGAGAUAUUUGUACAGAAGGAAAAGAUAUUUAUAUAUUUUCUUAAAAUAGCAGAUUUGCUGCUUGUGCCAUGAAAAUUUGUAUAAAUAAAUUUGUACUAAAAGUUUUAUUUUUGCAAACUAAAUACACAGAGCAUGCCUUAAACCCAGUGAAGUGACUGAGUACAAAGGAAACAGGAAUUUAAAAAACGGCAUCACUGACCAGGAAUGUCUGGGGUUUUAUUGAUACCAAAAAUUUAAAAAAAAAAAAAAAAAAGG